CCAGCCAAGGGAACAGCAAUGCCUUCAAAGGUCUCCUGCCUCUACGUGCUGACGGUGGUUUGUUGGGCUAGCGCUCUAUGGUACCUGAGUGUGUCCCGUCCCUCCACCUCAUAUGUGGGCCAGCUGACCAUCCCCAUCCGCAAGACGUCCAAGACGCACAAGAACGCCACCUUCAGCAACAUUCGCACGCGCUCGCUCAAUCCCCAUGACUUUGACUACCUCAUCAAUGAGGCCAAGAAGUGCGAGGCGGAGGCCCCGUUCCUUGUCAUCCUGAUCAGCACCACACACAAGGAGUUCGACGCCCGCCAAGCCAUCAGGGAGACGUGGGGUGACGAGAGCACGUUCACCGAAGUGCGCGUUGUCACACUGUUCCUGCUGGGACGCAAUGCAGACGUUGUCCUCAACCAGAUGGUGGAGCAGGAGAGCCAAAUCUUCCACGACAUCGUGGUGGAGGACUUUAUAGACUCCUACCACAACCUGACCCUGAAGACCUUGAUGGGCAUGCGCUGGGUAGCCACUUUCUGCCCCAAGGCACAGUAUGUCCUCAAGACAGACAGUGACAUCUUUGUCAACAUGGAGAACCUCAUCUACAACCUCCUGAAGCCCAACACCAAGCCCAGAAGGAGGUAUUUCACUGGCUACGUCAUCAAUGGUGGGCCAAUCAGAGACAUGCGCAGCAAGUGGUACAUGCCCCGGGAUCUGUACCCGGAGAGCAAGUACCCGCCGUUCUGCUCUGGCACUGGGUAUGUCUUCUCAGCAGAUGUGGCUGACCUCAUUUACAAAACAUCCCUACACACCAGGCUGCUGCACCUGGAGGACGUGUACGUGGGGGUGUGCCUCCGCAAGCUGGGCAUUCACCCCUUCCAAAACAGUGGCUUCAAUCACUGGAAGAUGGCCUACAGCCUUUGCCGCUACCGGCGAGUGGUGACUGUCCACCAGAUCUCCCCCGAGGAGAUGCACCGCAUCUGGAAUGACAUGACCAGCAAGAAACACCUGAAAUGUUAG